AAAUAGCUUUUCAUUAGGCUGGUCACGUGACCUAUAGUGUGCUGGCAAUGGCUGCUGAAUGAGUGGACUGCACAGGAAUAACCUUCAAGAAAUACAUCUCCAGCCCAGCAACAGUUGCACAUUAUCAUGACAGGGUUUAACAGAUCCGUGGUCAUUGGCGUUCCAGUGCUGAUUGGUAUAGGCGUCGUUGCCGUCACCGCCAUUCUCGCCAAGAUCUUCCUUUUUGGAGAUAAGAAGAAGAAGUCUCCAGUCACUCUACAGGACCCCACAGUGAAGUACCCCUUCAAACUUGUGGACAAGGAGAUCAUCAGCCAUGACACUAGGAGGUUCCGCUUUGCUCUGCCAUCGCCUGAACACAUCCUGGGGCUGCCCGUUGGCCAGCACAUCUACCUGACAGCCAGGAUUGAUGGCCAGCUGGUCAUCCGUCCGUACACACCAGUGUCCAGUGAUGACGACAAGGGCUACAUGGACCUGGUCAUCAAGGUUUACUUCAAGAAUGUCCACCCCAAGUUCCCUGAGGGAGGCAAGAUGUCUCAGUACCUGGAGAAGAUGGAAAUUGGAGAUUUCAUGGAUGUCCGUGGACCCAAUGGCUUGCUCAUGUAUGAAGGCAGGGGCUGCUACAAGAUCCGUGCUGACAAGAAGUCUGAGGCCGAGACCAGGCUGGCCAAGAAGGUCGGGAUGAUUGCUGGCGGAACUGGUAUCACACCGAUGCUGCAGCUGGUGCGCCAGUCGCUCAAGGAUCCUGACGACACCACAGAGAUGUGGCUUCUGUUCGCCAACCAGACUGAGGAUGAUAUCCUGCUGCGUCCGGAGCUGGAGGAGAUCCAGAACAAGUACCCCAACAGGUUCCACCUGUGGUACACGCUGGACAGGCCCAAGGAGGGGUGGAGCUUCAGCAAGGGGUUCGUGAGCGAUGAGAUGAUCAAGAAGCACCUGCCCCCGCCCGGUGAGGAUACCCUCGUCCUCAUGUGUGGCCCUCCACCCAUGAUCAACUUUGCCUGCAUGCCUAACCUGGACAAACUCAGCUAUGCCCCCAACAUGAGAUUUGCCUACUGAGAUACUGCAACCACCCAAGUCUUUCAUACACCAAGGUGGAUAAUCUGUCUGACGACGUCCAUGGAGAAAGAGAGGUCAUAGCGAAAGUGAAUAUAUCGCCAGUGUUGACACCCGAUUACACUGUUUUUUUGCACAUGUAAAACUUUAUGUUUUUUUCUAGAAUUAAUCAUGUAGCAUUUUUCCAAAAAAGAUACACAUGCCUUUUGUAUUAUUUUUUUUCUUGAAAAAUACUCAAGCUUCACUCUGAUGCAGCCGAGUUCGUCUAAGAUUCAUUAUAAAACAGUUUUGGAUGUUGUUACGUCUUCCCAUCAAGAUCAGGGGUAGACACCCUUGGUCGUAUCUCACUAGUCCACAGGUCAUUUUGGACAUCUAUUCUAUGUAACAUGACUAGAUUUGGGGAGAAAACAACCAAUCCUUCUAAAUUUUCACUCAUCUUGGACUAGCGGACUAGUUGUCAUCAGUGUUCCAAAUAAGUGCAGGCCCGUGGCAGGUAUAUCUUGUGUUGGGCCUGUAGUUUCAAAUUUGUACGGGUCCUUGCAGUAAAUUUACGUGUCAAUUUAUUUGUCACGAUAAGCUGCAGUUUUUUAAAUGAGGGCCUGAAGUGGUUCUUGGGGCCUGCAGAUUCUUAAAUCUGUUUUGUAUUUUUCGAACACUGGUUGCCCUGUCUACCCCUGAAGAUGAUGCACUCAUCUACUUGCCCGCCCUGCUGGUUCUGGUGCUGACCUCUCUCCCUGGUCUGUCUUCCCCAUCUGUGGUCUGUACAGACACAUGUAAUCUAGAAUAAUCAAUUUGUGUUGAACACGCAGUAGGUCACGCUCUUUUGUCAGCAGUGUAUGUAUUAAAUUCCUAGAAUAUGGAUUCUGUUUUCUGCAGUUUGUUUCUUUUUAUAAUACAGCUAUGAAAUGGCAAUAAUUCUGCAUUGUUUUCAAGGUCUUUUUACACAGAAUUCUUUGUUUUCAAUCCAAAGUCUGUGACUAAAGUGGACAGACGUACUGUGUGUCUAACACUGAAAGCUUAUUGGAAGUGUUUCUGUGAGUGAACAAUGGGAGACUGUUUUGUCUUUUAUACUUUGUUGUGUGCUUGUUACAAGAAUGAAUGUUCUCUGAAGUAUUUUGUUCCAAACAUCAUCUGCCAGACGGAUAAAUCAACCAUAGUCAGUGUAAUUUACGAAAGGUAGACUCGUGCUGCAACGAAAGUGUCGGUCAACUGAGUCUGUCUACUGUGUAAGUCUCCGUCUCUGAGUCAGUCCCAUAGUCUGUCCCAAUCUCAGGUUCCCCUCUCCAGAGUGAGUGAGUUGGGUUUAAUGCCGCUUUUAACUUUAUUCAAGUUUUAUCGCGGCGCCUCUCCAGAGAGACAGAUGGUGCUAAGACAGCCGUGUCCAUGUGAAGGUGUUCCGACAGUAAUAGUGAAGAGAUCAUUACCACAGAUAUACAAGAACCUUAGCACUACAGGGCCCACUUGCACAAAGCAAUCUUAGCGCUAAGACUGUCGUAAGCCUAUGUUAACGUAUGGGAGUUACGAUCAUCUUAGCGCCAAGAUCGCUUUGUGCAAGUGGGCCCAGAUGUCAUAAUAUACAUGGAGAUAUGAAGCCUUGGUUGUAAUUCUUAUUGACUGACAAUUUGAUGAUAUGGGAAUUUUUGAAAAAUAAUUAUUUGUUUAAAAAAAAUUCAGAAAAAUUUAAAUUUGCCCUAGGUUUUACACACACAAAGUAUUUGUUUGCUUGAAAUGCUGGAGUUUGUAUAUAAAAAAAAUAUGCUGUGAAAAAUAAAAAUCUCCUUUGAGAGAAAAAAAUGUAUGUCUUAAUUUCGUCUAAAUUAAAAUAUGACAUUCUCUCUCUCUCCUCCCCUCCCCCAAAUGAACCGGUCAUUCAUUUAACAAGGUCAGAUGAUGCUUGGACCAAGGAAGACAUAGCAGUGCUGUGUGUGCUUGUGUCCAUGACUGCCAUAGGUUCCCUUGUAUACUCAGAGAGUGUUAGUGUUUAUACCCAGUCAGUGAUAUUCCCGGAAGUGCUAUAAACAUUGUAUCUUGCAUUGUGACAGUAUUGCAUGAACCUGCAAUACCUGUCACCACUCAGGGUACCCUUGAACAGCCUGUUGAAGGUACAGCACAGGAGAGACUGGUGAUACACCCAGGGUACUUACCAAUCAGCUGUUACAGAAUGCUUAAUGAAUCAGGUCUUUGAAAGGCAUUAAAAUGAAUGAUAAAAUGCUUAAUGAAUGAUCGACAUUUACUUAUCAGCUACCUGUUUUUUUAGGGAAUGGUAUUAGUUACGUUUUGUGAGAGUUGGCAUUUAAUAUAUUUUCAUUAUUAGAAUUUUCUAUUAGCUAAUAUAAUCUAAUAUAAUCUUUUGCAUUUCAAUAACAAGUUACUCUUUGAUGAAUUCUGCAGAAUGUGAUUAUUUGAA